UUCCGGGUUUCCUGGGCUACAACGAUGGCGAUGAGUUUCGAGUGGCCGUGGCAGUAUCGCUUCCCGCCCUUCUUUACGUUACAGCCGAAUGUGGAUACUCGGCAGAAGCAGCUGGCCGCUUGGUGCUCUCUGGUCCUGUCCUUCUGCCGCCUGCACAAACAAUCCAGCAUGACGGUGAUGGAAGCUCAGGAGAGCCCGCUCUUCAACAACGUCAAACUACAGCGAAAGCUACCUGUGGAGUCAAUCCAGAUUGUGUUAGAGGAACUAAGGAAGAAAGGCAACCUCGAGUGGUUGGAUAAGAACAAGUCUAGCUUCCUGAUCAUGUGGCGGAGGCCAGAAGAAUGGGGGAAACUCAUCUAUCAGUGGGUUUCCAGGAGUGGACAGAACAACUCCGUGUUCACCCUGUAUGAACUAACCAAUGGGGAAGACACAGAGGAUGAGGAGUUUCAUGGGCUGGAUGAGGCAACCCUACUGCGGGCUCUGCAGGCCCUACAGCAGGAGCACAAGGCUGAGAUCAUCACCAUCAGCGAUGGCCGUGGCGUCAAGUUCUUCUAGCAGAGACCUGUUUCCCUUUACUUCUUACCUCCCACUUUUCCAGGGCCUUUCAAAAGGAGACAGACCCAGUGUCCUCACAGACUGGAUCUCUGACUCCAUCAGAUUCGAAAGGGCUCCAGUCCUGAAGGCUGGGACCCAAGGAUGGGUUUCUCACUUACCCCAUAUGUCUCUUCCCAGGGUAGGGUGAGUCUGAGGCACCAGGGAGAAAAAAUAUACUUCUUGCCCUACCUCCUCUCCCAUCCUAGACUGUCUGUGUGCCAGGGUCUGUAAACCCAACACUUUACAUGUGUUCACACAUGUAAGUAUAUACCCACAUACGCCUGCACAAGCUUCUGUCUUCUCCCCUUACCCCGUUAGCUGCUGUUGCCUCUCCUUUCAGGCUGGUGCUGGAUCCUUCCUAGGCGAUGGGGGGAAGCCCUGGCUGCAGGCAGCCUUCCAGGCAAUAUGAAGAUAGGAGGCCCGAGAAUGGGCCUGGCAGUGAGAGGCGGGCCCGACACUGAUUUAUGAUAUUAAAAUCUCAACUCCCA